AUGGCUCAGAAAUCUGGUGGCUCUAAGCAGUCAACCUUAGGGAAAUUUUUCGGGUCGAACAGCACUCCCGCGCCUAAGAAGCAGUCCACUCUUGCCUUUUCGUCAAAGGCCAGCGGCAGCUCCAAAAAUGAAGCGGAAAGAGUGAAGGAUGAGGAGGAAGAGGUGGAGGGGGAGCCUAGGACGCCUCAAAAGCAGCUGGUGGGCGCCGGGGAUAAACGCACUCCACCGCCAAUUGAUGACGAGGAAGUAAAUGGAGAGAUACUCUCUGGUGGGACAAAAAGCGAUUCUGCUUCUCUAGUGGCUAGGAGACAGAAACGAAAAGAGGUGGUAGCAGAUAAACAGAGUGAAGACUCGGAUGAGCAACCCGUGACAAAAAGACGAAGGAGAUCGCCUCAGCCUGGCAACAAAGGGAAAAGUUCUGCUCCCAAGAGUCCUCGCGGAAAAGCGGCCGUCAAGGAGCCAAAACCGACCAAGGAGGUAGAACCGGAGCCAGAGCCAGAACUGUCAUCGGCCGAAGAGAAUUCCGCGUCAGACAUUGAUGAAGAUGAGCUAGAUCAGAAGCCGGCUAAAGUGCAACAGAAGAAGAAGGCGGUAGCCAAACAGAGGAAACAAGUCCAAAGCACGCUCACGUCCAAUACGAAAGCUCUAUACCCCGAUUGGAAAGCAGGAGAGCCUGUCCCUUACGCAGCUCUUUGCACCACGUUCUCACAUGUCGAAAUGACUACGAAACGUCUUAUCAUAUUAUCUCACUGUGCACUUUUCCUUCGCCAAGUACUCCGCCUGACCCCAGACGACCUUCUUUCAACCGUCCAGCUGAUGAUAAACAAAUUGGCAGCUGAUUAUGCCGGAAUUGAACUUGGAAUAGGAGAGUCUCUGAUCAUGAAAGCUGUCGGUGAAUCGACCGGACGUAGCCUUGCAGUCAUCAAAGCGGAUCAGAAUGAGAUUGGAGACCUAGGCCUGGUCGCUGCAAAGAGUCGUUCUAACCAGCCUACUAUGUUCAAACCCAAGGCUCUAACAGUACGAGGCGUACACGAGGGGCUGUUGACUAUUGCCAAAACACAAGGUACUGGAUCGCAGGAGAGAAAGAUUGCAGGUAUUAAAAAAUUGCUGUCUGCUGCCGAUGCCGACAAAGCUGGCAAAGGAACAAGGGCAAUUGACAUCACUAAGGAUAGAGGCGGUGCUAGCGAGGCCAAGUUCAUUGUACGCUUUCUUGAAGGUAAACUUCGGCUUGGGUUGGCCGAGAGGACGGUGCUUGUUGCUUUGGCACAUGCAGUAGUGGCACAUGAGGCUGAGAUGAACGGAGGAAAGACUCCAAGCACAGAUCAGCUUGCUAAAGGAGAAGACAUCCUCAAGACUGUUUACAGCGAACUGCCAUCGUAUGAAGUGAUUAUUCCCGCCAUGCUUAAACACGGAAUAUUCAAUCUUUCAGAUAAUUGCAAACUGCAGCCUGGUGUUCCAUUGAAACCUAUGCUGGCUAAGCCGACAAAAUCUAUCAGUGAGGUUCUUGAUAGAUUUGAAGGGAAACAUUUCACUUGUGAGUACAAGUACGAUGGAGAGAGAGCGCAGAUACACUAUGUUUCCCGCGACACAAUAAAGGAUUACCCAGCAGCCUCUGCCGCUCUUCAAAAAGACGGAGAGGGCCUUUGCGCGAUCUUCUCUCGAAACUCAGAAGACCUCUCCAAGAAAUAUCCGGAUAUCCUUGAGAAAUUGGAGAGCUGGGUUAAGCCCGGCACCCAGAGCUUCGUACUCGAUUGUGAAACAGUGGCAUGGGAUACUGUCAACAAGAAAGUUCUUCCAUUUCAACAACUGAUGACGAGGAAAAGGAAGGACGUCAAGUCUGAAGAUAUUAAAGUUAAAGUCUGCGUCUUUGCGUUCGACUUGCUAUUCUUAAACGGAGAGCCCACCGUCAAGAAAACACUCAGAGAACGACGCGACCUUUUGCAUGACGCAUUUACACCGAUCGAGGGAGAGUUUGCUUUCGCUCAGCAUGGGAACACCAGUGAUUUGGAGGAGAUUCAAACCAUGCUUGACGAAAGUGUUAAAGCCUCUUGCGAAGGACUGAUGGUGAAGAUGCUGGAUACCACAGACAGUGGCUACGAGCCAAGCAAGAGAAGUCGAAAUUGGCUUAAGGUGAAAAAAGAUUACCUCGCGGGGAUUGGUGACUCUCUCGACCUCGUCGUUCUGGGUGCAUAUUUCGGCCGCGGAAAACGUACGUCUGUCUAUGGAGCUUUCCUGCUUGCAGCAUACAAUGUCAAAACCCAAAACUACGAAACAAUAUGCAACAUUGGUACCGGUUUCUCUGAAGCGCUCCUUGAAGAGCUUCAUAACACCCUCAGCCCGCUUGUCAUUGACAAACCAAAGCCAUUCUAUUCUCAUUCAACUGUUCCAAAGGACCAGCCAGACGUCUGGUUUGAACCCAGGUUCGUCUGGGAAGUCAAGGCCGCUGAUCUCACACUUAGCCCUAGGUAUAGUGCCGCAAGUGACGAGGUAAUGGGAAACACUGGUGGUACCGCUGCUAAGGGCAUCUCGUUGCGUUUCCCUCGUUACAUUAAGGCCAGAGACGAUAAGAAACCGGAUGAAGCUACCACUACUAAAGCAGUGGCAGAAAUGUAUCGGAGACAAGAGAGUGUUUCCAAGGACACUUCGGGCAAGGCGGCUGUGGAUGAUGAUUUUGAGUAUUGA